CGUCGUGUGGCUCCUCUAAAGUUAUAAAACCUUUUUACAAUCUAGGGUUACAGAACUAUCGGCAGUUCGCAGCUAGACUCUCUAGCAGCCUCUUCAAGUCGCCAAAAUGCCGUCGCACAAGACGUUCAUAAUCAAGAAGAAACUGGCGAAGAAGAUGAGGCAGAACCGGCCUAUUCCUCAUUGGAUCCGCAUGAGAACCGACAACACCAUCAGGUACAAUGCCAAGCGUAGACACUGGCGCCGUACCAAGCUAGGGUUUUAAGCUUGAUGAAAGAGAUAAUGUUCAACUUUUUAUGAAUUUUUCUAUUAUUAAGUGAUUUUGCAAUGACAUGAAAAGAAACUGAUGUUUGAUUAGCUGUUGUGAUGACUGUUAUUCUCAUUUUAUUAUGAUCAAGUUUAGAUUUUAUGUUCAA